AUGUCUGCCAUAAUUCGUCAAGCCAUAAGACCAGCUUUGAGAUCAGUGUCUUCCAAGAGAAUUGCCGUCACUGCCUUACGUUAUAACUCCACUGCCGCAGAACCAGCCAAAGCUCCAGUCGACGCUAAGAUUACUACCAUAGUGGAUCAAAUUUCAACUUUGACUCUUUUAGAAACCUCACAAUUAAUCAAUGAAUUAAAAGAAAGAUUAAACAUUUCCGAUAUUUCCUUGCCAGUUGGUGGAGCUCAAGCAGCCCCAGUUGCUCAAGCAGCCCCAGCUGAAGAAGAAGUUAAAGAAGAAGUUGAAGAAAAAACCAUAUUUUCCAUUAAAUUAGAAUCUUUCGAUGCCAAAUCAAAACCAAAGAUUAUUAAAGAAGUCAAAGGAAUGUUAGGUUUAUCGUUGGUCGAAUCUAAGAAAUUUGUUGAAAGUGCUCCUAAAGUAUUGAAAGAAAAUGUUGCCAAAGAAGAUGCUGAAAAAAUCAAGGCCACUUUAGAAGGAUUAGGUGCUAAAGUUUCAUUGGAAUAG